UGGAUCACAAACAACGCCAUCACAUGGCAGGAAUCCUGUCCAAUGGCCACCCGGUGUCGAAGCUUCCUAUGCCGGCUCCCCUUCACCCGCUCACCUAGAACCGUCAACGCUUCAAAUACUCCUAGUCGAAAGGGACCAGCCCGUAAGAGCAUGAGCGAUGAAUCCAAAUCUCGCUCCCUACACCAAGUCCGAGGGCUUCUCCCAGGGCUUCUCCACUGCUUGGAAUGGCAACGCCAUGGCGGCCUUGGCGGCAUCCGCCGACGCCACAUCCACGCCACCCCGUGGAAUCAGCCGCCACGCGUACGUGAACUUCCCGGGCUCAUCGUUGUCGUCCUCGUCGCAUCGAAUGUUCCCGCCGACGGUGAGGCGGCCGUUGGCGGCCUCGAUGACGGCCAGCGCGUCCCUCAUGGCAUAAAAGAUGUCGAUGAAACUCAAUGCGAGAUCCUUGUCUUUCUUGAGCGAAAUGAUCUGCAGCCCGCAGCGAGUGCUGCCCUCCAGCAUAGUAAACUUGUCCGCAGGGAGAGGGUCCAUCCCCCCCCAGUUGCCGUCGAACUGCGGGCUGGAUGGCAUGAAAGCUGCGCAGUCCUUGUACCAGUCCGUUUUGAAGUAGAAGUUGGAGCCGAAACGGUAUAAACUGGGCUCGUCUAGCACUGGGUAGAACUGCGUCGUGUUGAAAUCGAAGCUCUGCGCGAAAGUACACUUUCCUUUCCCGGAAGUGAAGGUCGAUGCUUCUCUUUUGCAUGAUGGAUUCGGAUCCACAUGGCAGGGCUUUUGGUCGACGGUGUAGAGUUCGACUGACGAGCUAGGAGUGGCUGUUGGAGUAGUGGCCGUGCCAGUCGUGGUCGAAGAGGUCGACCCGGACGCGCUGGUCGAAGUCGGCGCCGUG